AUGACUCGAUAUUCCCAGGUAGCAUAUACAUCCGCACCAGAAACAGCAGAUAAAGUGCCUACGAGUUCGCGCCUGCACUCACUCUUUGAAGACCCGAUAUCGGAACUUGGUCAUGAAGCCCAAACACUGAGCGCAAUCCCUCCUGGUGAGAUCCUUGUCGGCGGGCGCGCCGUGGCGAGCCAGUACACUUCGCCUGGCAGUGCGCCAGGUUUUGAGAGCCUGAUACCCCGGGAUGGGCUUCUGGACCCUGCGAAUCGCAACUCGCAACUUCAACCCACCGAUGCGCUGUCGAGUCGGCGGCGGUCGCCAUCACCCGCGAUGGACAUGCGGUUGGACGCCUCGCUAGAGAAUCAGUGGCUCCCGCGCACCAUGAAGCCACUCCCUCGCCGGCGGGGGAUCUCCGUAAACAAGGCAGAAAUGCCACUUCAACCCGGGCCCGGGCCAUCGCUGGGCUUCCAAUCAGGGCAAGGGGAAGGUGCGCUUUCCGUGGACGCCGCGCCAGGUCUACUCCUGCCGACACCGUUACGGCCGCUCGAUCCUCCGGACCAUGUAAUCCCGCACCCCGCCGACAACUCUCUACUAGGAUGGCACUCGCCUGUCUCGAGCGAGGGGUCAUCCCCGUCGCUGCCGAUAUUCUCCCCAGAGUCAAGCAGCAUUGUGGACUGGAGCAACCCUUCAGAUCAAGAAUCACCUUCUGUGACUUCGGCGGACUCAGCGGGAUACAUGUCCGCCGGAUACAGCACCCCCGCGUCCAGGCAUCCAACUGUUAGUGAUGCUGACGAUGAAGACGGGAAUCCUUUUAAGCCAUCGGGCAAGGAUCCCACAUUCUGGCGCUGGAUGGACGCUGUCUAUGUGCGACUGGGUGAGAGGCUGGAGUCGCACUAUCGGACAGCUGAGGCCUCAGGCGCUAGGCAGAAUUGA